AUGAAUAUGUUGGAUGAUGAAGAUGACCAAAGCUUUCACGCUACGCGUGACGGCUACUCCCAUUUGAGCGAUGUCGAAUGGGAUGCGGUUGAACGAAUGGGUUCGACCAUGGGCAUCCAUGCUGUUAGCGUCAUGCUAGAGGCUCUCAAUAGAGAUGCCCAACAUGCUACUAUCGCCAAGUUCAUUCAAAAUGAACUUGACGCAGAACGCGAGAAAGUAGCCUUGCUUCACCAACAAGGUUCUCAACAAGCAGAGUUGUUGAGAGAACAGGGUGCUCAACAGUUUGAACUGUUGAGACAGCAGCAGGCUGCUGCUGGUGGGUCGAUGCACUCGCGUCGACCCGAGACUUUGAAGAUUGACAUCUCCAAGGCGCGUCGCAUCGACGACGGGGAUAUGCAAGUUGCAUAUGCCCAGUCAAAUCUGGCAGGACGUGCCAAGACUUGGGCACUGGGGCUCAAGUUGCACGACCCAUAUGCGUUUGGGUCGUUGGAAGUCUUCAAGUCGCGGCUCAGACAAACGUUUGAACCGCCUAGAGCUGAGUUCAGGGCUCGAACCGAACUCUUGAAGCUCAAGCAGGGUAAGCGUGAUGUGCACGCUUACGCUCAACAUAUACGACAUCUCACGAGUUGUAUAAGUUCCAAUCCGGUUGAUGAACACACGUUGGUUUCGGUGUUCAUGCAGGGUCUUGCGGAUGGUCCCGUCAAGACUCACCUGUUCCGGCUUGAACUAGAUUCACUAGAACAAGCCAUUUCCAUUGCGGAGCAGGAAGACUUCAGUCUGAGACAGGCUCGCGCCAGCUCGACAUCAUAUCGUCAACCGAGACGAUAUGACAGCGGAGGUCCAGAGCCGAUGGAACUCUGUUAUGUAGAGAGCGAGAAGGCUCGCUCUACAGGCUACAAGAAGUUGCAGAGAUGCAACAGAUGUCAAAAGACAGGACACUACGCUUACGAGUGUAGUGCCCCUCGUCCAGUGUCUCGCGACACUGGGCGUAGUGACCGUCCACCCAUGAGAUAG